AUGUUUAGUAAUGGAAGUUUUUCAUAUUCAUUAGAAGAAUCCUCACCUUUAGAAUGUCCUAUUUGUAAAGUUGAGAUGACUUUACCAAUGAUCUUUGGAACAUGUCAUCAUACUUUAUGUAAUAAUUGUUCUAUAAAAGGAAAAUCAGAUGCAAUAUGUCCUUUAUGUAAGACAAAAAAUGUAGAUCCACCAGAAGAGGAUGAGGUAAUGAAAUAUAUAAUUGAAUGCUCAAAAGAUGAGACGGAUGUAUGUGGUAAUUGUGAUUCGAUAAUUGCACCAAUGUUUUUUUGUGAGACUUGUUCUCUUCCACUUUGUAGUCUUUGUCGCGUAUCAACUCAUAUGGCAAAGAUAUUUUCAAAACAUAGUAUAAUUCCGCUUGAAGAGAGAGGAAAAAUUAGAGGUAGUUUAAUGUGUAUUAAUCAUGAACAACCAUACAUUUUAUAUAACCUUGGUACUUCACAAUUAUUAUGUAUUGGAUGUUUCAAUAUAACACCUAAUGAUCAAAGAAGUCAACUUGUUAAUAUAGAUGUUGGUCAUAAAAUUUGUAAUGAAAAAUUAGAUACAUUAACUCAAGAUAUGAAACACCUUCAAGAAGAAAUUAAAGAACAUAUAGAAAUGAGAAAAAGAAUUCUCCUAGAAUUGAAUGAAAAUUAUAAAAAUUCAGAGGCAUUUAUUAAUCAUGAAUAUGAUAAAGUUAUUCAAAAGAUUAGAGAUAAGAAACAAAAUUCAUUACAAGAUUUACAAAAUGAGAAACAAAAUAAGGAAAAUAAAAUUAAUGAACAACUUGAAAGACUUAUUCAUUUACAAUUUCCGAUAAGGCAAAAUCUUUUAACAUCAACAAUCUUUUGUUCAUAUAUCUCUAAGUUGGAUUUCCUUCAUAUGUAUGAUAAAUUAAUAAGAAAACUCAAUGAAACCUCACAUUGUGAUAUUGAAAAAUUAGAUUUUACUAGUGAAUUAACUUCUGUUACUAAUAUAAAUUUUAAUACAGUAUUAGAAGAUCCAGCACAACAUAAUCAACCCCCUGACCCUGAAAUGGUUUUUCCCAUGCUUCAACCAUCAACUGCAAUAUUUCCAAAUAUCUCUGAUAUUACAACAGAAUCAGAUGAAUUGUUACGAAAAAUUGAAAUGCCUUUAAAGUCAUUCUCUUUAGAAUGUUCUAAUAUAUCCCAUGAGCUUCAAGAGGCUCAAAAAGAUAUUACUCAAAGGAGAUGCCUUAUUAAUGAUACUACAAUUGAUGAAAUGAUAGAGAGAUGUAAAAGUUUAAAAUCUAAAAUUAAUAAUCAUACAUCUUUAAUUCAAUCAUAUCAACCAAUUCUAAGACAAAUAUGGCAAUUAAAUUUAGACAAUGUUAGAAGAGAACAAUCUAUUUUUAGAACUAAACUAGAUGAAUCUCUUCAACUUGGUGAUAGUAUUAAAACUUUAACAAUAACUGCUGAAAAAAUAAAGCCUUUCUUAGAUUAUUUAACUUCUGUUGUUUAUACAGUUAAUGAAAAAUUAGUCAAACCACCUGAUUUAGCUCCAAUGGAAAAGAUAUGUUUAGAGAUUUGUACUAUUGAACCUGAUAGUAAAACAAGAUGUGAAGCUAUUGAAAAAGAGGAAGAGGCUCGAAGACAUGCUCAGGAACAAAAAUCAUGUAAUGAAAAAAUUGAUUUUAUUAAUGCAACAGUAAAAAAUUUAAAACAUUCAAAAGAUGGAAUAAAACGUAAAUCAAGAAAGAAAACAAAAGCAUUUUUAUCAGAUCAUUCAUGUAUUUUAGCUUCAGAUGAUAGAGAUAGAAAUUCAUUUAAAGUAUAUACACCAAAAGCAAGAACAAGUACAAUAAGUAGUUGUGAAAGUAUGACAUCAUUAUUAGAUGAUUCAGAGAUUGUAGGUUCACUUCGUUUAGGAUGUCCCUCAUCCCAUCAUACAAUGUCAAUACAAUCAAUUUCUCCAACAUCAACUGUCCUUGAGGAGGAAGCACUUGAAUCAAUACCUCCUACUCCAGAUCAUUUAAAAGAAAUGUUAGAAUCUCAAGGAAAUAAUAUUAUAGCCUCUCAAUCAAGACCAUCCUCUCAACUUGGUGGAACAAUUAUAGAUCCAAAGAUAGUUAAACAAAAAUUAUUAGCAGACAUUAAAGAAAAAGUGCCUCUUCAACCAGCUGUUGGAGAGAAUCUUAAUAACUCUUAA